AUGGCAUCAAAAAUGACUCGAUAUCAAAGACACCGUAUGGCUGAAAAUUAUUUGGUCAUAUGGGUCGAUGGAAAUAUCGACAUGGCAAAUCAAGAUUGCCAAAAUACAAUGGAACAAUUACGUGCUGUCGUCAAUCAAGUCAAUACGUGCACGACAGCUGAACAAUGUAUAGAACAGCUCACAGAAAAUCAAGAGGAGAUCUCAUUUGUUAUCUCCUCAGGUGCACUUGGACAACAUUUAGUGCCGGACAUUCAUGAUAUGGCAAAAUUAAAUGCCAUUUUUAUAUUUUGUGGCAAUAAACAACGGCAUCAAGUAUGGGCACAAAAUUGGCCGAAAAUUAAAGGUGUUCACACUUCAAUCAAACAUAUUUGCGACAAAUUGGCAACAGCAAUCAAACAAUACAAUCAAGAUCAUAUGUCGGAAAUACUCCUUGAAAUCGAACAUGAACAACAAGCCGUCCAAGAUUUGGUCACCUACUGCCAAGAACAAUAUCAAGGCAAUACGAAUGAAAUCAAAAUUAUCCAAGAAUUUCAACGUAAUUAUAAAGCAUCCAACGCCAUUUGGUGCACAAAUUCAGAUAUCUCCCUUGUUUUCGCCAAAGACGCCUUGAAAAUGACUGAUAUGGUUGGAAUUCUAUUCCAAAUAACCAUUGAUCCUACAGUAUCAUCAACUCCAUUCGCCUCCAUCCAGGAGGUGAGCUAUUAUAAGGAAGAAGAAGUUCUCUUCUCCAUGCACACCGUCUUUCGUAUUGGGGAAGUGCGAAAAAUUGACAACAAUCGUGCAUUCUAUCAAGUCGAUCUUCAACUUACCUCAGGUGAUGAUCCACAACUACGAGAAUUAACUGACUUUAUACGAAAAGAGGUCAGCGGCACUGGAUGGCAUCGAAUGGGUCAAUUGUUACACAAAAUAGGUCAAUUCGACAAGGCCGAAGAACUAUAUAUGGCACUAUUGGAACAAGCAUCGAACGAUAGUGAUAGAGCAUACAUCUAUCACCAGCUUGGAAUGAUGAAACGAAACCAAGGACAAUAUGAAGAAGCAGUUGCAUUUUACGAACAAUCUCUGAAAAUCAAGCAGAAAACUCUUCCGAAAGAUGAUCCUUCAUUGGCUACUUCGUACAACAACAUCGGUCUAGUCUAUAAUAACAUGGGUGACUACUCAAAAGCACUUGAAUUUUACGAAAAAACAGUUAAAAUCGACGAAAAAGCUCUGCCAUCGAAUCAUCCCUCAUUGGCUACUUCAUACAGCAACAUCGGUCAAGUGUAUAAUAACAUGGGUGACUACUCGAAAGCACUUGAAUUUUCCGAAAAAUCACAUCAAAUCUACGAAAAAGCUCUGCCUUCGAAUCAUCCCUCAUUGGCUACUUCAUACAGCAACAUCGGUCAAGUGUAUAAUAACAUGGGUGACUACUCGAAAGCACUUGAAUUUUACGAAAAAGAUCUAGAAAUCACAAAAAAAGCUCUGCCUUCGAAUCAUCCUGAUUUGGCUACUUCAUACAACAACAUCGGUCAAGUGUAUAAUAACAUGGGUGAUUACUUGAAAGCACUUGAAUUUUACGAAAAAUCACUUGAAAUACGAAAAAAAGCUCUGCCUUCGAAUCAUCCAGAUUUGGCUACUUCAUAUAGCAACAUCGGUCAAGUGUAUAAUAACAUGGGCGACUACCCGAAAGCACUUGAAUUUUACGAAAAAUCACAUAAAAUCUACGAAAAAGCUCUGCCUUCGAAUCAUCCCUCAUUGGCUACUUCAUACAGCAACAUCGGCGGAGUGUACAGCGACAUGGGUGACUACUCGAAAGCACUUGAAUUUUACGAAAAAGAUCUAGAAAUCACAAAAAAAGCUCUGCCUGCGAAUCAUCCUGAUUUGGCUACUUCAUACAGCAACAUCGGUCAAGUGUAUAAUGACAUGGGUGACUACUCGAAAGCACUUGAAUUUUACGAAAAAUCACAUAAAAUCUACGAAAAAGCUCUGCCUUCGAAUCAUCCUGAUUUGGCUGUUUCCUAUCACAACUUCGGUUCGGUACAUGAAAAAAUGAAAAAAUAUUCAAAGGCAAGUCAAUUUUAUCAAAGUGCUGUUGAUAUCGCACAACUUUCACUACCCUCGAAUCAUCCACACUUACAGUUGUAUAAACAGUGUCUUAACGAUGUAAAAAAGAAAAUGUAA